AUCUUCUUGAUCGGUCGGUCGAGUAAAUAUUUGCAGGUGGAGACGAGAUGCGUAUCCAGCUGCAUUCAAGAUCCUGUAUCUCAAGGUUCAUGUAAAAAGAGGAAGAGUCAGAGAUUCAUUCUGGAGGGGUGUGCCUUGCGAUGGGUAUAAAAGCGCUUUCCGGUUCGAUCAAAGAUACAGAAUCCAAACUCUCUACUUCGAAUUCAAUCGUGAUAGAAAACUUCCUUCAAGAUGUACAAGCUGUGUAUUCUUUUCGCCCUCUUGGUUGGCGUUUUCGGUGCACCUGCACCAGCACCUGCACCAGCACCAGGACUUUUGUCAACGCCAGUCUUGGCAGCCUUGCCAUCUCCAUUGUUGACCGCCACUAGCAGUCAAUUUAUCGCGAGAAAUUACAACAAUUUGGGAUUGGGACCUAUCACUUAUGCUUCCGCGCCUGUGGUUUAUCCUACUCAUGCCGUCGUAUCUAUUUAGUGUCUGAUGUGGCUCUUGCUUUAAUGCGAUUCUUCAUUUUGCUUAUGAAGUCACACAUAUAAUACAUACGAAACUACGUGAUAUCGCACACGGAAAAA